AUGGCUACCUCUAUAUGUGCUACUUGCAUUGCUCAAGCAGCGACAUUAGCUUUUCCGCCGCAGACAUUGGUUGAUGCGACCAUAACUAACCUCAACAGCAACAUCACAUACCACGCCGCAGCCCUCACCCGCUCCGAGCGGUCCUCUCUCCGCAACCAACAAGGCCUCACAAUCUGGCUCACCGGCCUCUCAGCAUCCGGCAAAUCCACCAUCGCCGUCGAACUCGAGCACCAACUCCUCAGCACCCGCGGCGUGCACGCCUACCGCCUCGAUGGCGACAACAUCCGAUUCGGCCUCAACAAGGACCUAGGAUUCAGCGAAAAGGAUCGCAACGAGAACAUUCGCCGAAUCGCUGAAGUCGCAAAGCUGUUUGCUGAUAGUUCCUCUAUCGCAAUUACCUCGUUUAUUUCCCCGUAUCGUGCUGAUAGAGAUACUGCGCGGAAAUUGCAUGAGGUACCUACUCCUGGUGAGAAAACCGGGUUGCCCUUCGUUGAGGUCUAUGUGGAUGUCCCCGUUGAAGUCGCCGAGCAGAGAGACCCCAAGGGUCUAUAUAAAAAGGCUAGAGAGGGUGUCAUCAAGGAGUUUACUGGUAUCAGUGCUCCUUAUGAGGCUCCGCUCAAGCCUGAGGUGCACAUCAAGAAUAAUGAAGUUACGGUUCAGGAGGCCGUGGCUCAGAUUAUUACUUAUCUUGACUCGAAGGGAUAUUUACCAGCAAAGCCUGCUAACUAGAUGAUAACCUUUACAUGAUUCUGCUCGCUUCUGUCUACAUACAAAAAUGUUGUCCAUUGUAAUUACCAUUCAUGUCCAUAUUUACCUAGAAUGAUAAAGAUUUG